CCAUCUGUAGGCUCCACAGAGGUCAAACAGUUGGCCUCGAUUUCCCACAAUGCACCUCUCUGGAAUUGACAGGGCUAAUAUGGCGGCAGACGGCUGCAUCUUCCACAGGACCCUGACCAGGUCCAGACCCGCUCCGAACCAGGCGUCUUCGUCCUCUCCAGUUGUCUGCAGGGAGUCCCUGCAUGUUGUGGACAUUCGUCGUUACAGCAGAGACCCGGCGUCCGCCAUCUACUUUCCCCAGGCCGUCCUGAGUGGUGAGGACCUGUAUGACGUCACGCUGACAGACGGUGACUGCCGCCUCCAGGUGACUCUGGACCCCGGUCUGAACCGGCUGGUGGAGAGGCGGGUCCUGAAGCCGGGGUCGGCGCUCCGUAACGCCGCCUUCAUCCCGGCCCUGAGCGCCCAACUCCCAGAAUGCCCUGGGGCCUCUGCAGACAGAGACAGCUACAGGAUGGUGAGCGUUCAGGUUGACGAUGAGGAGGAGGAGGAGGGAGUCAGGAGGUCCGAGGCGGACUGGGACUCUCUGCCCUGGUUCGGACCAUCAGAACCAGCAGGUGCGCUGCUUCCUCUCAGAGCCAGCAGGAGCGUCUUCCUCCCUCUGUGGAAUAACGUGGACUACAGCGGCGAGGAGUGGACGGAGGCUCCGCCCACUGACAGCCUGGAGGAGGAGGAGGACGAGGAGGAGGAGGAGGAAGGACGACAGCCGUCUGUUACCGUGUCCGAGCUGCGGGAACGCUUCCUGUCCAGUCACCGCGGCGUCUCCAGGGGCGCCAUCCAGCAUCAGCUGAUCGUACGCAUCAUCAACAAGUCCCACCUGAUGUACUAUGGCAGGACAGACAGGAACUGUGAAUGCCCAUAUAAGGCCGUGCUGCAGGCCUGCGACCGGACAGGAAGCGUGUGUGUGGUGCUGUGGAACAGUGUGUGCGUCAGCUGGUACCGCCGCCUGGAGCUCGGUGACAUCAUCAGCCUGCGACGCUUCCGGGUCAAACAGCACUACCAGGCCGAGGUCGACGACAUCGAGAUCAGUGUGAACAGCAGGAACCCGGCAGCUCAGCUCUGCGUCGUCUCCGAGUCGUCCGUCUCACCUGAGAGCGUCCCACCUGCACCGUCACACAGCUUCUACAACAGGUCUGUGUCCGUCUGUGUCCGUCUGUCCUGGUCCAAACCUCCCGCCGACCCGCCUGUCCUGUCAUCCAAUGCAACCAGCAAGGAGUUCCAGGAGUGUCGUCACGGCUCCCUGUGUGAUGUCAUCGGCCUGCUGACCUUCGCUGGUCGGUCAGAGCGAGUCCGGAAUAAAGAUGGUCGAGGGGCGGGGCUUCUGGAGUACCGCUGGCUCCGAUUGGAGGACGGCAGCAGCGAGCAGCCAAUCAUGGUGAAGCUGUUCUCCACGUCGCAGCCUGAGACGCAGCUGAAGCUCCACCCACUGUCCGUGGUGGUCUGCACCCGCCUCCGGCCCGUCACGACCCACCAGAACCCCGCCUGGCUCUACCUCACCAACACCACCUACACACAGGUGUACUGCACAGGGCAGGGUCACCACCCCCGGAUGAGCUACCGGCGGCUGCAGCCGGUCCGGAGCUUCCUGCAGUGGCUGAGGGGCCAGGAGGACCAGCAGGUGCUGAGCAGGGCUCUGAUUGGAGGGUUCUUCAUCUUCCCGCCUCCUCCCGUCUCCUUGGAAACGCUCAUGAGGGAGAGGAGAGGUGAGAUCGGGUUCCUGCAGGGGGCGGAGCUUCAGAGGGAGCUGGAGCGGCUCUGUUACCGGGAGCGACGCACCUUCUGCCUCCAGUCGACCGUUUCCAUGGUUACCUACAGCUGCACGGGGGAGGAGGACCGCUGUUUGUUCUGGACGGACAGGCCGUCGCCCUCGCCGCGUCCGCCGUCCUUCAAGGCGCCGCCGUCCUCCCCGUUCUGCCCGACGUCGCCGUCCUCGUCCCUCAGCGCGUCCACGCCGCGUCCCGCAGGCGCGCCACGGAGGUCCGGGAGGCGGAGGAAGCUGCUGAUGCCGGAGACGCCCAGCAAGAGGCGUCCUCUGCUCGCUGUCCAGCCAGAACCCAACAGGACAGAGAUCCUGUUUGAAGCCUCCAUGGAGUUCGUGGUCCCCGCUGGUGAAGAAGAUGAGGAUGAUGAUGAAGAUGAUGAUGAUGACUCUUCAUCCUACGCCACCGCCCUCCCACCGACAUUCUCACCCGUCGCCACGGAAACCUUACCGCUGCGCUUCGACUACAGUCACAGGGAAGAGCAGGCUGCUGCCAUGGCGAUGGGAGGCGGGGCCAGCGCAGAGAGCUUUGGCUCCGCCCCCAAAGACUACUACACCGUGAGGCUGAGAGCUCUGUCCGACGGCCUGACGAUCGACGCCGUCUUCCUGCCUCACCUGUCCUCCUCCUCGCAUCGCCACGCCAACACCUGGACCUCCAUCCUGUCCCAGGGAGCCUUCUCCUCACACACACCGCCGCCGUCUCCAGCUGACCUGAUCGCCAUGGCGCCCCAGCUGGCCAAUCAGAGGCUGGUCUGCGUCCUGGAGGCGUGUCACCUGGGCGGAGCCAGAACCGAACUGGUUCUGAGUCGAGGUUUCCACCUGAAGGACUGACACCUGAAGGUUCCUCACUGCGACCCAGAAGAACCAACAAGAACUUUUCAGUAAACAUCGUAAUCAAACUCUGACUCUUCAGACCCAAAACAUCUAGUGGUUGUCAUGGAGACCUGAGCUGAGGAGGUUUUAUCCUCUGGACCAACCCGGUGGACAAGUGGGGCUCUGUGUCCCAUCAUAUCUGUUCCCCAGGGAAACGGAACGAUACAAUAAGAGGUUCCAGAAAGUAUUUAUUUAUUCAGUUUAUUUAUGUAGCAACAUUUAUAACAUGUCAUCUUAAUGGACCUUAGUAAAAAGUAACUUUUAUUCUUUUUAAUCUUAGUCACCAAUCAAAGGAUUUUCAUUUUAUUCAGAAUAGAAACCAGAAGAACUGAUUCAGUUCAUCUGGUUUCUAUUGUAAAGUGACUUUGAGUGUCUAAUAAAGUGCCAAAUAAGUUUUA